AUUUUAAUACCUCUUGAGGAUACAAUUGGGCUUUUACUGUUAGACCAAUAGAAUGCCAAAAUCAUAGCCCAAUGGCCUACUCUCUUACAUUUCUCAACGACAUCGUUUCCCUGCCUAACUGUUACACAUGUCGUACAACUUUAACGUACACAACACGAGUUUAACCACCAAUCCACCACUACUGAUGAUGGCAACCUCACCGCCGCCGCCACCACCACCACCACCACUGCGCCACCUGUUGACCCUCGACACCAAAUUCUCGUACUUUCUCCACUCGCUUUUCCAUUCAUACCUUCCCGUUUCUCUUCUCCUCGUUCUUGAACUCUCAGCUGAUUUUCGCUUUUCCUUUCCCAUUACUCUCGCGCUAUGUCUGUCUCCUCUCUCACCCUCCCUCCUCCCUUUCCUUUCCCCUCUCCUCUUCGGCCUCCUCCUAGACCUCGCUUUCGUCGGCCUAAUCAAGAUCAUUUUCCGCCGUGCUCGUCCUCCCUACAAUCCUAACAUGACUGCCGCCGUUUCUGCUGAUAACUUCUCCUUCCCUAGCGGCCAUGCCUCCCGUGUUUUCUUCGUCGCCGCAUUGGUUUCUCUAUCAGCGGACGCUAUUGAAAAGGCUCUGAUGGAAUUCAGGGCCAGUGGUGGGUACGUUGACCAGUGGAUUGCGGGGGAUGACAACACGAAAGUGGUGGGGAUUGUGGUUUUGGUGGUUCGUGUGUGGGCGGCAAUGACGGCUUUUUCUAGGGUUUUGCUCGGUAGGCAUUUCUUUCUUGACGUUUUGGCUGGAGCGUGUUUGGGCGUUUUUGAAGGUCUAGUGGCAUUUCAAUUCCUGCGAUUUGAGAAACUUCUGAGCCUCUUGCUUUACCAGAAAGUUGGCCAAAGUAGAAGUUAAGUGCAUUUGGAGUGGGAGCCAUAGGAAGUGCUUCUCUUGCAACAUAUCGGAUGAUUAUUUCCAAAAGCAGAUACAUGUUGAUGUCCUGAGGAUAUUGCUUUUUCAGUGUGUGCAAUGCGGAGAAAUUUUGCUUGACUACUUCAAUGAUCACCUAAGACAUUAAGCACUGGAAUCACAUACUACUUGGCUGUUGUACUCUAUUGUAUUCUUACUUUGAUAUUCAAACUCUGUUGAUUUUGACUACUGCUAUGGGGCAUUAGAUUUUAUGCCAAUUUAUACAAUUCAUUUAUGAAUCACAUUAAAUUUGACUCUCUGUCCCCUUCACUUUAAUUGACUUCUGUGGUGUUAGUCCCGCAAAAACAGUUUCUUUGAUGGCAUUUAUUGUAAGUUAUUCCACUCAUAUGUUUUGUUGUUUCUAAUAGCAGCAGCCUUACAUUGUAUAAAUGCAAAUCCGCUGGUAUUGCAACAUCUUCUUUCUUCUGCUAUUGCUGAUUUAAUGACCAUAUAAACAUGUAUUCAUUAAAACAACAUUUUCUAAUGUCCUUUGCUGGCAUGAAAGUUGGUUCACUUGCUAUAACUGUCUAAAAUCUGCUUAACGGGGUUGAGGACUUGGAUCUUCCAGUUUUUCAAUUACAAAAAUCUCUGUGUGGCCAAUAAGCAAUGCGCAGACAGUAGGAGUUGGUGAUUGCAUGGAUAUAGUUGCUCUAUGGGUUAUUCUUAUCAAUCUUCGAAUUAAAAAGCAGUUAGCUCAAUAAUUUAAUGCUAUGUGCGCUUUUUUGGAUGCAUGAAAAGUUGAUAAGCUUUAUCCGAUAAGGUAAGAUUGAUUGAUUGAUUGGAUUGAGAAGUAGCUUUUUAGGCAAUAUGGAAACAUUGUAAACUUGCUUGAUUAGCGCUGACAGUGAGUAUUGAAAUUUUUGCUACUUGCAUCAUUGCUGUAGUUAUCAUGUGGAAAACA